AAUCAAUAUCAGAAAAGAGGAUGGUUCAGAUGCAAAUUAAGGGGUGCCACAAAUGCGGUAUUAGAUUCGCUGAGUAGAUAUGUUUAUCUAAACUCAAUUCAGUGGUCUUCUUACCGUCCUUUUUCUUGCAAGAAAAUGAUAGCCAAUCAUCUUAAUUCUGCCAGUGGAUUAGGUUGUCAGUAUAUUCUAUGCCCACUCGGGAGGCAUAUUGAUAUAGAUGGUUUUAUGCCCAAAACACUUCCUUAAAGAGUCAUUCUUGGGGUUAUGUGAGCAUCAUUCACCUUUGCGUUUAAUCAACCCUGUUUUGCUCAUUGCUGGAGACCAAGGAGGCUUGCACCGGACGGGGAGGUGUAGCUAUCCUAUAUACGAUCGAGUCAUCCAGAAGCUACCGAAAUCCAGUUCUUCGUGCUAGAAUCCCUGCGAGUUAGGGUUCAUCGGAGAUGGACUUCUUCAGUGAAUAUGGUGAUGCUAACAGAUACAAAAUUCAGGAAGUCAUCGGUAAAGGGAGUUAUGGUGUCGUUUGUUCAGCUAUUGACCAACAUACUGGCGACAAGGUGGCAAUCAAGAAAAUACACAAUAUCUUUGAGCACUUAUCUGAUGCUGCUCGGAUACUCCGUGAGAUCAAAUUACUCCGGCUAUUAAGACAUCCUGAUAUAGUAGAGAUCAGGCAUAUAAUGUUGCCUCCAUCCAGGAGAGACUUCAAGGAUAUUUAUGUUGUCUUUGAGCUCAUGGAUACAGACCUCCACCAAGUCAUCAAGGCUAAUGAUGACUUAACCAAAGAGCACCACCAGUUCUUUCUCUAUCAGAUGCUUCGUGCUCUGAAAUAUAUCCAUACCGCUAAUGUUUAUCAUCGUGAUUUGAAGCCAAAGAAUAUAUUGGCAAAUGCUAAUUGUAAACUCAAAAUAUGUGAUUUUGGUCUAGCGAGAGUGGCAUUUAACGACACUCCUACAACUGUAUUCUGGACGGAUUAUGUUGCUACUAGAUGGUAUAGGGCUCCUGAGCUGUGUGGGUCUUUCUUUACCAAGUAUUCACGAGCUAUUGACAUAUGGAGUAUUGGUUGCAUUUUUGCGGAGAUUUUAACUGGGAAGCCUUUGUUCCCUGGUAAAAAUGUGGUUCACCAGUUGGAUUUGAUGACUGAUCUCUUGGGUACUCCAUCACUGGACACUGUUUCCAGGAUUCGGAAUGAGAAGGCAAGGAGGUACUUGAGUAGUAUGAGGAAAAAACAGUCGGUAUCGUUUUCUGAGAGAUUCCCCAAAGCAGACCCUGCUGCACUCAAACUUCUUCAGAGACUUUUAGCAUUUGAUCCCAAGGAUAGACCAACUGCUGAAGAGGCGUUAGCUGAUCCAUAUUUUAAAGGUCUUGGGAAGGUAGAGAGAGAACCAUCCUGCCAGCCAAUAACAAAAAUGGAGUUUGAGUUUGAAAGGAAAAAUGUGACCAAAGCAGACGUAAAGGAACUUAUAUUCCGGGAAAUACUGGAGUAUCAUCCUCAACUUCUGAAAGAUUACAUGAAUGGAACUGAAAAAACAAACUUCCUAUAUCCUAGUGCCGUUGACAAUUUCCGGAGACAAUUUGCUAACUUAGAGGAAAAUGGAGGGAAGGGUGGAGCAGUCGUUCCACCAGAUAGGAAGCAUGUUUCGCUCCCAAGGAAUACUACCGUUCAUUCUACACCCAUCCCUCCAAAAGACCAAAAAUAUUCCCAAGUUCCCCAAAGGAUUCCAACAGGUAGACCAGGAAGAGUGGUUGGCCCAGUAAUACCGUUCGAGAAUUCAAGCACUAUGGAUCCUUACAGUCAACGAAGGGUGGCGAGGAAUCCAGUACUGCCUGCAGCUGCCACCAAUCUAUCAGCAUAUGCCUACCGAAACUCAGACAAUUCAGAGCGAGAGCUUCAGCAGGAACUUGAAAAAGAUCGGAUGCAGUACCAUCCGAUGCAGCGGUUCAUGGAUGCCAAGAUGGUAUCCCCUGACUUGAGGUCUACCUCAUAUUACAUGCCAAAGGGUGUCCCGAAAGCUGAUGUAGCAGAAAGGAGUGCCUUACAGUCUAACAUGAUGCAGGGCAUUGCCCCGUUCAAUGGCAUUGCCACAGUUGGAGGUGCCUUCAAUAAGGUCAGUGCUGUUCAGUAUGGAGUUUCCAGGAUGUACUAGUGCAAUGGCCACUUCCGAAAUGCUUGGCUUAGCUCUGAAGUAAUAACAUGGAAGAAUCGAAAUACUUCCUAUGUUACCCUAUCAGCCGAAGAUUCAGACAGUGGAUGGAUGGUCUCUCAUCGAGGAGGAAGUUGAUGUCUGGUAAAAGAAUUUUUAUGCAAGGACAACCAUCCUGCCAAUUGAUCCACCUGUUCAAGAAAGGAAUGGCAUCAGUUAUUUGGGGCUGAUGCGAAAAAGGGGAAUUGAGGUGAGAAGACGUGUGGCGUCUAUGUAUUCAAAAGAAAGGGAACAUAUGGAAGUAAUAAAAAUGGUGAUCUCCUGUACAUAAAAUAACUUGAUUUUUCGUAUUACUGCUGGAGACAGCUUUCCUUGUGUUCCACAUUCGUGUGGCCGGGUGAUUUUGUUUUUCUGGGUUUGAAUUACUUCUAGAGGAAUUCAGUGUUGUAAUACUUUGGAGUUAGUUUAGAUCUGUAACAGAAUAACAAAACCAAACGCCUCUAAGAUAGAAUGUUGAUGGCCGAACAUUGUUCUUCUGAGUUCUGACAGUAAUUUGUAUGUGGACUGAAUUAGAUGA